AUGAAACUGAAUCCACAGCAAGCUCCGUUAUAUGGUGAAUGUGUGCUGACUGUGCAGCUCGAUAAUGAAGAGUGUUUGGAGGAUGAGGAGGAGGUAGAGUUUUACCUGCUGUUUGCUGGCACCACCCAGACACACCUGACCAGCACGCACAGACUCAGCCAUGUCACCCUGCAGGCCGUGUGCCCAGCCCACAACUGCAGUGAAACGGUACAAGUCACGUUGUGCUUGGCCAGACCAGGAGGGCCAGUGGACCCCUUGGCUGAGGAAUGUUUCCAGUAUGUCCAGGACCUGGCCUUGGACAUGGCCCAGUUUCUGGUGAGCGCGUCAGGACAUGCGGAUGGCCUGGAGGGGGCGCUGCUCCUGGACGAAUGUCAGAUCCCCCUGCAGGAGUGUGAGAGGCUGGACCACACGUUGGCGCUGGCCCUCAGACACCUGUCCCUGCCCCAGGGCUGGAGCGUGCUGGGCACCGACUUCGCUAACACAGACGAAGGAACUCAGCCAACCCCAGCAUUCGGAUUUGGAGUUGUGGAACCUGGACCACACGAGACCCUCCUCCACUUUGCGGCACGCCGUGGGUUGCGAAAGGUUGCCCUCUUCCUGCUUCAGCAACCGGGAGCCAGGGAGGCCCUCAAACUGCCCAACAAACAGGGCCGCACACCGGCCAGUAUAGCCCAGAAGAGGGGCCACACGCAGCUUCACAAGCUUCUCACCGAGGUUGAGACGUUGCCAGAGAUCGAGCUGAAGGCAGCCAAACGUAGUUACCCAGGAGGGCGGGCACUCCGGCACCACCCCAGACUGAACACCUACACCCUGACAGUGGACACAGUACCAGGCAGUCCUCUGCCCAGCCUGCAGAAACAUGUGGAGGAGCUACAACAUCUCAUUCGGUGCCAUCAGGACAAUAAGGAAGAUCAGUUGAUGCAGCAGCAACAGCAACAGUCAGUGGAGCUGAAUCCUAUCACAGACAACACUGACAGCCCAUCUAUCGCUUUAAGAAACCUGUCGGAUUUAUCGCGACUGAUACUGCCCUGCACAGAGCAGCAGAGCUCCAGAGUCAAGCAAGGCAAAAACGGCGAACCCAGUUCUGCGGAACUCCUCCUCGACGGUUCGUGUGUAAAGCAUGGUCAGUGGGACAGUCCAAACAGCGAGGCAAAUCACGCCAAACUAGAGGAAGGGGAGGAGGGGCCUGCGAGGGGAGCUGUAGAGGUUUCUGAGAAGGCGUCAGAUAAAAGUGACAGUGAGCAGUGGCUGGCAGAGGGCGAGCCCACAGCUUUCAGCAGUCCAUCCUGUGGAAACCAGCAGGAGGAAACUGAUAGAGCAUCGGGCGUAAUCUGUGCCAAGCGGGAGCCCGCUACAGAGCUUGAUAAAGGGAAUCAGGAAAGGCAGAGAGCAGACAGCAGGAGACCACAGACUGAAACAAACGAUAAAACUCAAUCUGGCAACACUGUGCGUACAGAUAUGGGACACGUUCAGUCCCAAGGGCUCCUCCCCACGGAAGCUGAGUCUCACGUUCUAAAAGGGGAGACUGAGAGGAGAAUGAGCGGUAACGACAUUCAAGGGGACUUACCAGAGGAAAGGCAAGGAGAAAGAGCUAGUAGUCAGGAAAUGAACUCAAACUUGACCACCCCUCAGCCUGCGUCUCUUUCUCCGGCAGAAGACUGUAGGCACGAUAUCGGCGAGCUGGGGCAGACAGAAGUGAGCGCAAACGCAACGAUGAUGGGUCCAAACCAGGGUGAAAUGGAAAUAAAGGCUAAUGCUUCACAACAAAAUGAGGAAAUUGCAGCGAUCUUUCUUUCUGGUGAUGAGCCCUGCUGUGUCCUGGAGCCACAAACAGGAAACCUGUGCAAACAGACUAAUGGCAGCAUUGACUCAGUCUGUAACGUUGCAACGAGUGACGAGAGCCUAAACCAGAACCACAGUUUGGGUGGAUCAGAAACCGAUCCUUUGGACUCUGUAAGUCUCCGACCCAAUAUGGCAAAAGGACCCAGGCACCAUUCACAAAGUAAUCUAGAACCUUCUUCUGAAUCUACUUCAUCUGAAAUCACAAUAGUGGAUAUUUUGAAUGAGAACUCAAACGACUUGGUCCAACAACAGCACAAGGACAACAGUACUGAGGCCAUGUUGGAAAGUGUGGAGGACCGGUCCGCCAGUUCAGCCAAUGACGAUAAAGAGAAGCCUGUGCAUGCUUACGAUGUCACAAUAGAAAAAGGUACCCAAACCUCCCAUAACAAGGGAAAGCCUGUUGAAUCCGCCAGUGACUCUUUGGUUCAAGACUCUCACCCUCUCGAGGGUAAAAUAGGAGAGGAAUCCUCCAGUGAGAGCUUAGAUUCAGAGGAAACAAUGUGGACUGAGGAAGCUGACAAGAACAAAACCACUGAUGAAAUGCUUCCCUCUCCAGAGACUUCUACAGGAAGUGGAGUCAGCCCAGAGGGUGCACAAGAAACAUCUUCAGCCUCCACUUGUACAGCAUCAAAUGAAGAAACAGCUGUAGAAGCAAUCUCUGUUGACAAGAUGUUACCUCAAGCACUUCCAAAUGAGGAAUGCAAGAGGAAUGAGGAACAAGGUCCUCUUAAGGACCAGAAAAUGGAAGAAGUGGUUGAAUCCGAGAUUCAAGAUACACAAAGACCACCAAGCCCAACUUGUGAGAAUUUAACCCCAACAGAAGAGGUGUCAGAAGGGAGUGCUGUACAGGAGUCUCCUCACCAUAAAGAAGACUACAAUUUAACGUCUGAGGAAGUAAUCACUGAUGUCUCUGAAACCAGAGAUUCCUUUGGGAACGAUUUGAAAGCCCUAUCGCAGGGUCAUGCCGAUGAGUGUGAAGAACUCUUAACGGACAGUGAGAACAAGAUGUCAGAGGCUGUUGGGGAUUUUGUAAACAGGAUGGUAACGGAGUUGCCCAGUGAUUCAUGCUCAGAGGAGCGCACUGACAAGAAGCCCAUUGAUUCUCAGCACAUCGACGAGGUCAGCAGUUCUAGUGUUAAUUCUGUCGAUGAGAGCUGUACCUCUGAGGCUCCUGUGAAGUCCCUGGAGGCGACAAGUGAAACAGCUGUUUCAGACAGCCCUUCUUCCUCCUUGGACACAGCUAGUGACUCAGCUCUAGGUUUGGAACUCACCUCGCUGUCCGACAACCAUAAUGGUUCGAUCCAGUGUGAGGAUUUUCCUUCCUCGCAGGAUGUAGACAGCACUUCGGUUUUGGAUUCGGACCUGACUUCCUCCAUGGAUGUUGACAGAAGCCUAACCCCUGAUUUAGGUCUUAGUUCCUCUGUGGAUGUAAACAGUUUUUUAUCCCCGGAAAUGCAGCCUUCAGAUACACUGGAGGAUCUUAAUGGACUGUGUGAGGACAAUCUGAACAGCGAGAGAACCAAAACUGAGGAAAGAAACAUAGAAGAACCAAAUGCCAAAACAGUCUCAGAUGAACCAAGUCCAGCGACAGGAGAUGCAGUGGUUGAACAGCAGCACUCGUUGACUGAAAUAACAGAUGCUGUAGAGAUCCACAGGGAGAAGGACUCGUUCUGUCCUGUCGAUUCCUGUCCGGAUGCUCAGGUGCAGGAGGCUAAAGCCAGCCCAGCCAGCUCAGAUUUCCCUCCAUCUCCCUCUCCAGAGAGUCUGGGUCGAUCCGUGUCCACUUCCCAGCGUGACUCAACCAGUGACGUGGACGUCCUCCUCGUGCCAGACGCGGGCGAUGACAGCGUCUUUAAGAAGGGAGAGGACAGCGCGACGCUAACCGGGGACAGCACCAGCGGCGUGUCGGUUUCCUGCUCUUCCACGGAUGACACCGGCAGCCUGGGUUUACCCAGCACCCCGCCCAGUGCCGCGCCCAAAGCCAACGCGGAGCGGGAAGCCCAGAGAGGAGACGGGAGGCCCACGUCCACCGCCGCCAGAGAGACAGAAGAGGAGGAGAGGAAAGACCGUCUGACGGAGGUGCCGGUUCGCUCCGCCCUCAUGAGGUCAUCCAUCCGUUCAUUGUCCCCAUUCCGAAGGCACAGCUGGGGCCCCAGCAAAAACGCAGCCGGAGAGGCAGAGAUGAACCAGCGCAGUACGGUACAAAGCCAAGAAGGAGGCAGGCCGGCAGGCCAUAGGAGAAGUAUGAGCUGGUGUCCGGCUAAGGCUUCGUGUCCUGAGCCGGAUGAAAUGAAUGGCAGAAGUUACAGUCUGGAGGGGCUGUCGGCAGACAGGGAGGUGGGGAAGGCUCAGGUGAGUCGAGGAGGGGAGUCUAUGCAGGAGCCUGGGCGUGCGGUUCGGCAGGAGAGUGAAGAGAGGGGUUCUCUGGUGUCCCUGACAGAAGAGGAACACGAGUGGGAUCUUGGGGACUGCAGCAGCAUGGACAGUCAGAAAUCUGCUGGGGCACACCCUGGAAGACGAGAUCGCCCACCCACGCAUCAACUGCUCACCAAGUCAGUGUCCAUGCUGGCCAUCAGCCAGAAAGAUCUGGACGGGUUGAGCUCUUUCUCAGGUACCUCAGGAUCCGUAGAGUACAGCAUAUCUGAGGAGGAUCCAGGGCCACUGAGGAGCGACAGCGAGGGGAGAACAGGGGGAACAAAAGUGAGCCGCACCUUCAGCUACCUCAGGAGCAAGAUGAGCAAAAAGAACAAGGAGAAGGACAAAGAGAAAAACAAAGACAAGGAGCGAGACGCCAAGGAGAAGGAGAAGAGAGCCUCCAAUGGGCACCUCUUCAGCGCCGUGACUGUGGCCCCCGGGGGUCCCUGUCAUCAAUGCAACAAACCCAUCAACACUAAAGAUGCCUUCAUGUGCACCAAUUGCAAUUCGCAAGUUCAUAAAGGAUGUAGAGAGAAUCUUCCUGUGUGUGCCAAAGUUAAAAUGAAGCAACAGAGGCAGCAGCAGUCAGUUCCAGAUUUUUCUCCAGUGCCCAGUGUGACCAUGAGAAGCAAAACCAUCCCGGCACGGGAGCGACCGUGGUCGACCGUGUCUAUCCCGGACGAACAGCCAGCCCCCCUUGUCCCCCUGGGACCCCGCAGGAGCACCGGUCUUAUCUUCAACAGUAACCUGUCCAAAAGCGUCUCCAUUAGCAACAUAGCAGGGCCCCUGUUUGAUGAAAUGCCACUGAAAGUUCCCAAGUACCUCUCCCAGUCCACAGACUCUUUACACAAGACUAGCAAAGUCAACGAGUCCACAGAGUCCCUUACUGAUGAAGGGACAGAGAUGAUGGAUAGUCAGCUGAUGGGUGAGUUUGAGGCGGAUGCUAAAGAACUAGAGGCUGAUUCAUGGAGUUUCACCGUGGACAAGAAGUACCUGAAGCAACUCAAGAAAGAUGUUGUCAAAAGACAAGACGUCAUCUAUGAGCUGAUUCAGACAGAGAUGCACCACGUGAGAACCUUAAAGAUAAUGUCUGAUGUGUAUAGUAAAGGUUUACUGAAAGAGGUACAACUAGAAGCACAGACAGUAGAGAGAGUGUUCCCUAUGAUGGACGAUCUGUUGGACCUACACACUCACUUCUUUUCCCGCAUGCUGGAGAGGAAGAGAGAGGCUUCCUCCCAGAGCUGCGGGGAAGGUGGCUUCAUCAUUCGAAAAAUCGGUGAUGUUCUGGUCUCCCAGUUCUCUGAAUCUAACGCUGAGCGUAUGAAGAAAGUCUAUGGCAAAUUCUGCAGUCGACACAGUGAAGCAGUCAACUUCUACAAGGAGCUCCACACCAAAGACAAACGCUUCCAAGCUUUCAUCAAGAAAAAGAUGAGCAGCACGAUUGUUCGAAGGCUCAGCAUUCCUGAGUGCAUCCUCUUAGUCACACAGCGCAUCACCAAGUACCCUGUCCUCUUACAGAGGAUCCUGGAGCAUACGAAAGAUAACGAGGAGGACCACAAAGACUUGGCACUGGCUCUGAGGCUAGUCAAAGAGUUGAUAGCUGGCGUGGACAACAAGGUGAACGAGUACGAGAAGAAACGGCGGCUGAAGGAGGUGUACAGCCGAACGGACAGCAAAUCCAUCAUGCGCAUGAAGAGCGGACAGAUGUUUGCCAGGGAGGACCUGAUCCGAGGUCGGAAACUGAUCCACGACGGCCCGUUACAACUGAAGAACUCGGCGGGAAGACUGAAGGAUGUUCAAGCCAUGCUGCUGUCUGAUGUCUUUGUGUUCCUGCAGGAGAAAGACCAAAAAUAUGUUUUUGCCUCACUGGACCAGCGCUCCACGGUGAUCUCCCUGCAGAAGCUGAUCGUUAGGGAGGUGGCCAAUGAGGAGCGAGGGCUCUUCCUGAUCACGGCUGGCAGCGAGAAGCCUGAGAUGGUGGAGGUACACGCCAGUUCCAAAGAGGAGAGGAACACCUGGAUGCAGCUCCUCCAGGAUGCCAUGCACUUAAUGGAGAAAGACGAUGACGAAGGCAUUCCGAGCGAAACAGAAGAGGAUAAGAGGUUACAGGAGAGCAAAGCCAAAGAGUUGAGAGACCAGCUUCAUAAGAAGGACGAGCAGAUCCUGGCUUUGCUGGAAGAGAAAGUGAAACUCUUUAGAGAUCUGUGUCACUGCGGAACCCCAGAAGAAGGUUCCCCCACAGGCCUGAGGAGCAGGAUGCUCUUUAGGGCUACGCCUGAUGACAUCACCAAAGGCGAGCCAAUCAUGAAAGACGCGCUGAAGGAAGUGGAGACGUUACAGGAGCUGGUGAGUGGCAGUUUGGGCAGGGCAGUGGGCCAGCAGGUGUGCCCAGCGGGCGACAGCUCCAGUGUGAGUGUGUGUCUGCCCCGGCGGGCGGAGACCUUCGGUGGCUUUGACAGUCAUCAGAUGAGCAUGGUUAAAAACGGAGACAAAGAGGAGACUGAGGAUCCAGCAGAUCUGCGCAGGACUGAGUCAGACAGCAUGCUCAAAAAGGGGGGCAAUGCCAACCUCUUACUGCUGCUUAAAAGGAACAGUGAGCAGGUCCUUCAGGGCGUCACUCGUCUUCACGACUUGCUCAACGUGCUGCAGGGUGUAGUGAUACAACAGGACACUUUUAUCGAGGAUCAAAGGCAGGCACUUAGUGAACGUCCGCCAUCACGCCACCCCUCUGUCUCCUCCUCCACCUCCUCUUCCUCCUCAUUCUCCUCGUCCUCGUCCUCUCGGCCCAACUCCCUGAUCGAGCAGGAGAAACAGCGCAGCUUGGAGAAGCAGAGACAGGAGGCGGCCUCCCUCCAGCGUCAGCAGGCUGCCCACGCCGAGGAGAGGAGGCGCAGGGAGCGGGAGUGGGAGGCGAAGGAGCGAGGGCUGGCCGAGAAGGAGGCACGGGUACGGGAGCAGCAGGACGAGACGCAAAAAGGCUUCAGGCUGUUGGAGGAGGAGAAACAGGAGCUGCAGAGACGGAAAGAGGAGUACCAGCGUGACCUGGCCCGACUCAGAGACAGCCAGAAGAAACUAGAGAGAGACCGUGAACAGUUACAACGGGAGGUAGAGCAGUUGCGACACACGGAGGAGCAGACACAGAGGAUGUACAGGACCUCCUCCACCACCUCGGAGGACUCCCUAAAGUUUCAGAGCUCCGGGUCGUUGGACCGGGACCCCAGCGAGGUGGAGUUGUCUUCCUCGCCUUUAACCAAAGAGUUCAUGUUCCGCAAGGCCUCCAAACACAAAGGGAAGAACCUGAACCCCUUUUCUGCCUCCUCCUCCUCCUCGGCCUCCGGCCCGUGUGAUCCACAGGGGACGGAGGCUCAGAGCCAGAUCCCCAACCGCCUGCUGCAGCUGGCCAAACCCAAGGACAAGAAGGACAAGAGGAAGAAGAAGAACAAGGGCCAACAGAGCCAAGCAGCAGACAAGCAGAGCACCGUGGUCCCUGGGCCUACUACAGAUGGAGAGAUAUUCUUCUGUUGAUCCACUCCUUCUUCUUUGGCCUCUCCCCCAGCAAACCCACCAUGCACUCUCUACACACACUUGUGGUCUUUUGGGGGUGGGAGGUGGAAGGAGGGGGGGGGGGGGCCUGUCAUGCCUGGACAGGAAGCUAAAAGUGGAUGUUUCCUGUGACCCGAUUGCGGCUGACUACAUGCCGUACACCCAUGCUCACGGUGGCAGGAGUGCAGUCUGGGACUUUGUGGGAGCAUGAUGACAUUUGAUUGGAUAAUGAGCGGUCAUCUGAAGAAUGACUCUGAAAAAUAUGUGUGGAAUAGCUUCAGAAGGAGAAAAGAACACAUAUGGAGACUUUAUUUUUUUUUAACGCUUGACUUUUUCUUCAUAAAGAAGUGAAAGAAGGUGCUCUCUCUCACACACACACACACACACUCAAAAAAGAGAAAAAAAACCCCAUCUUCUGCAGAACACGGCUUGAAUGCUCUUUCUGUCACUGAGGGAAAUCUCAUUGGUAAACAUACUAACAGUGAGUGUCAAAUCUGAAGUGAACACAUGCUGUUUUCGACAGAAGAGACCCACUCCACCUUGCCCCCCCCCCCCACCCACCCUUUCCUCCUGUUCCAUACCUCUCAUGUUUCUCUCUGUCCUGCUCCAGUGGAUUUAGUACUGAGUCUAUUAGAAAUUAAAUCCCAGUGUCUACAAUGACCUUUCUCUCAAUACUGUCAAGGAUAGGAGAGCAUAAUCUAUGUUGUGGUGCAAAGCAUGGGAUCUAGUGUAGCUUCGCUAAUCAAAGGUACUGGCAUUUGAGUUUGGGAACGGUCCACGCUGUACAAAACCUGAAUGGCGAGAACGUAUUUCAGUGUUUCUUAUUGUUUUAAUGUGCGUUUAUCUCCAGUCUUGUCAAGUGGCUUUGAACCAGUGUUUUAGCAAAACACAACACAAGCAUCAAACCAAGGUCCUUCAACAAGUGACAGGAAAAAGAGAAUCGGUUUUGUAGUCAGCGUGGUCACAGACUGUCCUCCAUCCUGCGUAGUAGUGGAGAUGUAAAAUUAAAAUGCGAAAUAGUUAUUACUCGCGUCAGUAAGACAUUCUACACGGACGUGUAGAAGGAGUGGGGGAGGGAGACAGUUUGUUUAAGUUGGUCAAUGGUUGCAGACGGCAGAAAGAGACGGUAGACAGAAGAGAUGGAAAUAGUAAGAUGAUGAGAGAGUGAGAUGCAGGAUUAUUCAGGGGAAGUUAACCUGAGGGACUCAAAGACACUCAUGCAAUUUACAUUUUGUUUUCCUUCCCCUGUUUGAUUUCACAAAAUGACUGAAAAACAAAAAUACCUGAGAACUCAUUUAUGGCUCUUUAUACUGAAGGAAACCUAACUCAUGGUUAUUGGUUCAUCUCCUUUUUCUAAAUGCCUCACAUGCGACCAUGCUAGUCCAUUUGUCAUUUAAACUCAAUGUCAUUUUUCAACAACAUGGUUGUUUUUGUUUUAUUUUAUUUUAUUUUUUGAGCACUUUAUAAAAGUACAGUGAGAUACAAAGUGGAAAUACUUCCUGCUUUAAGAUGAGUGACAAUCAAUCAGUCAAUUCCACGAGACUGAAAAUGCUUCUUCCCUGUAAAGGAAAAGAAAAAAGAAAGGAAAGAAAGAGAAGUUGUUUCCAUUGUAGUAACUUUUGGUUGUACCAGUUGAAUGUUAUGUAAAUUGAUUCAACCAAACUCAAAGCUAGCUUUGGCAUAAGCUUUUCAUAAUGCUUCUAUCUGAUACUGUCAUGUCAGUAUUUUUGCCUUUCGUUAUGAAAAAAAAUGAUAUUGUUGCUUCUUUAUCAACAGAUGAGGGAAUCAUCAUUCUCAGGAUUUAUGAGUGAUGAUAAUCAUAAAAUUAGCGGAAAGCUAUGUUGAAUGUAACUAGUUUGAUUUUCGUGUUGUAUCAUAAAAAAUACACACAAAAAAAAAAGCCAAGCCAAUUUUUUCUCAUAUGAAUUUGACUGACUGGUGUGUGCACUGAAGGCCAGAUUUAGCUACUAAAACUAUAUGUACAUUUUUUUUUAGUAAUCAUACAUCAGUAAUCAGUAACGUUGCGUGACUGGUGCGUUGGAAAAAAAAAAAAACCCUGGACCAACCGUUAGCUUUGUUUCUAGUUUCGCUCAAAUUUUCUAAAAAUGUUUGCACAUGCUUAAGACUUUAGUAAAGCAGGCCCAAAAGAGCAAGAAAGAAAAAAAAACUUGUGACCAUGUUGCUAAAAUUAUCGUUUGCCUGCGGGCCAGGCCCUAAUUUUUAUAAAGAUACAAGGAAAAAAAAGUAGGACUGUUUAGUAGCAUGAAUGAAAUAUGAAUUUAAGUUCAUUCACAUAUCCCUGUAUUUAAAGCUAUUUUUCUCCCUUAUUGACAGUCUGACGAACCAGCAGUCUUUUUGCCUCCUUAAUGAUGCAGAAAGAAAAUGUUCCAGGAUUUCUUUUGUUGAUUUAUUCCCCUGUCACUCUCUCUGCCUUUGAUUCAUAUGUACAUGAGGCAGUUGGAGACAUGCUUUAUUAGCUGUCGUUAUUUUCUGCUGAUGAGUGGAAUAUAAGCAGAAAGCAAAGCCAGCAAUAUCCUCUUCAUGGUCCUACAGACUCGCACACAAAGGGUGCUAAACUGGCAUGGCUUGCAUUGGCCGUCAGAGGGCGCUGUGGAGACGAUUGUAAGUCGCUGCCAUCAGGACACCGCAUAAACAGCUCAAAAAUCUUCUUUGUUUCUCUUGAACGAUUCUUUCUAAGGUGUUCCAGGUGAUACACAUGGGUCACGUUCCCAGGGCUACGCAUGAAUGUAGGACAUGGUUUUAUGUGCAGAUGAAUUACCGUCGUGUCCUUUGAUUGCUGAAGAAAUUGAAUCUUAGGAAAGGUGAUUGUAUGUUGCGGUAUGGUUCAUGCGUUUUGCACCUUGCCGUAGGGAACUGUGAUUCCUCACCACCUCUGCUACCGUUCAGGGACUUAAAAAAAAAAAAAAAAACACCUGAAAAAGUUACGCUUCCCUCGACGUUCAGAAUAUAAAUGCAAGUUUAAUUAAGUGAAUUUUUAUUCAUGAAUUGAGGAUUAUAUUGAAAAACAAGUAAUGUUGGGGCAGCAAAUGCACUAGACAAUAACCCGUCAUUACCGUAACAGUGAGGGCAGUCAUAUUAAAGGGUUGUUACUUAAAAAAAAAAAAAAAA